GCUGCACAAAAAACGAGGAAAAACAAGAGGAAAACUGAAUUCUCUCGUGUGCGUGGGCAAGACAGUCGAAUGUGUUUUUCGCGGCCCGUGAGUGUGCUGCAUUUGUUUAGUGAAGUAAGUGUCCAGUUUGAAAUUGUGUUGAUAAAGAGAAAUUUUCCGUGGCAGCCCCGUUUCGACUGUGCGACUUGGUGUUUUUGUUUCUAGAAGAAGCCACUCCAUGUUAGGGCAAGGGCAUAAGCAGCAGAAAAGAGCGAAGAAUUAAGAAGCGAUUCUGUGCGUGAAAAGAGGUGUGAAGUUGUACGGUGCACGACGGUCUGCACUGCUUUCUUAUCAGCCAAAUUCGACUGUGAUUAUUGUGUAAUAAUGGUUUGUGUAUUUAUGUGCCGUGCGGUUGGUGGCGUUUGGAGCUAAAUAUUGGGGUGGCAUGCGUGGAAUUUGGCGUCGAUAAUAGUGAGCUCGUUACGGAUUCGUAUCCAAUAAAUGCAAUGGUUGCUUUGCGGAUGCCAAUGUGAUGUGAAUGCAUGCUGUGUGUCUUUUAUGCUCUGUCCAGUUGAAUGCAGUCAUCGUCGCCUACGGAUUCAAUUGGGUGGUAACUUCAGCAAGAGCUACUUGCGUGUAGAUAUUAAUCCUUCGAGACCUCUCGUCCCAAUCGAAACUCUUAUUCGUAAAAACAAAAACCCUGCUCUCUUUCUUCUCGCUGCCUGCUGCUGCUGGUCGUCACGCAAACCGCCGCGAACCAGAAGAUUCCAAUCUUCUUCCACCCUACCAUCCCGUGGUGGAUCCGCGGUACGGAACCCGAAAGAGAAAAGCCGUUCUAUAAUUUCACAUCAGUUUCGGUAAGAAAAGGCAAGAACCGGAGAGGCAUCCAUCCCGUGUGCUGUGGUGGAAGAAUAAAUAAAAUCACCCGAAACGGUUCGGGAGAGAAGGUCGGUGGUGCUGCUGCUGGUGUGUUCGUACUACCCGGUGAGGAACAAAACUUGGCCGAGCAGCGAAAACCGGCCAUAAAUUGCGUCGUUAGGAGCUAAAGUGAACUUCAAAGUUAUUACGCAGCGAGAUAGCACUGGGCAGGCUCGUGUGUGUCUCGCCCUUGCAACUGCUACAAAACGGCCGACCACUAGGGGUCGUGCACUUCCAUCGAUUGGUGGUGAAUAAAACAUGAAUCUCGUCAGUGGCAUCGGUGCUUCGUACGAAACGGUUGGCACAACCGUACAAUCCCCGUUCGACCAUUACUUCCUGAGCUGAUGGAGGUCUGCUGAACGGGAGCGCAAACAGCAACUCGGAAAUUAACGCGGACAGACCACCCGAUUAUUCGGUGCACCGGCGGAUAAAAUAGUAGCAUCUAGCAGUGCCAACGUAGCGUGUGUCGCGUGUCUCUCUAACCUGUCGCACAACAAUCCAACAACCAUGGGCAAAAUAAAUGCUAGCCACAGCAGCUAUUGUUACGAUAGCAUGUUCAAGCGGUCCGAUCACAAGUAUCUGCGGAGCUGCAGCAAAGUCGAACCGAUCGAUGAUCCGAACGAUGAUGGCGCUGAUGACGAGGACGAGGACGAUGAGCGGUCAUCACCUGAAGCCCGCCGUCACGUCGUGUGGCAUGCGGAUAAACUCGAUGACCUACGCAGCACCGCGUCCGGAUCGUCCGACGAUGACGGGGAGGAGCGAGAGCGGGAGACACGCACCAUCCGGUACGUGCCGGAAGUUCUGGAACGAAUCGACGAGAAUCGGUUGGUGUAUCGGGCGGAAGGUAACGCCAACAUUGUGCUCUCCCUGUCGGACAACAAGCAUGUGCUGCGGAUGCGCAAAUCCCCGGUCGAAAGCCGCGAGGGCAAAGGUGAUUCCAAUGUAGAUCUUCGCCGGUUCGUCAAGUACUCGCAGGUCAUCGCGAGCCAGUUUUCCGGCUGCUACGUUCCGGAGCCCAAGCUGGCCCAUCUGAAUACAUGCAAUCUGCAGGCGUUUAACGAACGAUUGCGAUGCUUUCGUCCUGCCAUGAGACUUGGUAAGGAGGUUCGGGAGCUGGAUGGCAUUCUCUACCCGGACGUAGCAUUCCUGCCGAAGUGGCUGUAUCCUGCGCGAGUGCGGGACUUUAGUCAGGACCCCAAAAUCUCUUCCACACCAACCCACUACCAGACGUACUGCGUCGAAAUCAAACCGAAGCAGGGCUGGUUGGCGUACGAAUUCUGUGAUAACCUUCCCCUUCUGGAGCUGACCAACGGUGGGGACCUUCGGAAGUGCCGUUACUGUUUGCAUCAAUAUUUAAAGCUCCAAAAGAAAUCGAUAGCAAAAAUUAGUAAAUACUGUCCAUUGGAUCUCUACUCUGGCAAACCCGUUCGUGUUCUCCAAGCCGUGAAAGGCCUUAUCGGUGCACCGCAAAACAAUUUCAAAAUUUUGAAAAACGGCAAGGUCGUGUACGAUGACAAGCGGGAAAAGUCGAUGUUUAAUCGGAUACUGCGAGAAAUGUUUCCACGGGAUGGUCGCACAAAGGACGAGAAAAGCACAAUCUUCAUGAACCUCAUCAAGGAAAUAUUGCUGAAAGAUUUCACCACCAACGAUGAGCAUUGCGAUCGGAAGCUGUUGAGCAUUAAGAAAGACCGAAAGAAGAAGGACAAAAACCAGCUGCACGAGCGCGCCUGCAAUCCCGUCAAUCAACAGUUUCUCCCGAAGAGCUGCGCCUUACGCCAGAUCUUGGACGUGCAGCUGUUGGUGAAGUCGAGCAUUUCCACGAUCGACCCGGUAAAAUUGGCCAAAUCACGGUCCGAUCCGUACGGCUAUAUCGAUGACAUGUACGAAAAGUAUCUGACCUACCGGGAGGCCGAUGUUUGCGGUGGUAGACACAGCGACAGUACCACCUGGCCCAAGGAACCAUUCACUAGCUGCGAGUACCUGUCCGAGGAGGAGAAAUAUCAGCUCGGUGCCACGGCCCUGGACUGCUCGAUAAUGAUCACGUUUCGCCGGCUGUCCGGUGAUCGGGCAGAGGAGAACAGCCUAAACGAGGCCGCCCGCAACCACAUCGUCUCCAUCGAGGGCAUGAAGUUUCUCGUCAACGUAACGAUCACCGAUCUGGACCCCAAGUCACCGAAACACUAUGCCAAGUACGUGGAGCAGCUUGCAGAGUCGGCGGUAGCCUAUCGAGACUUUCUAAGCAAAAUGCGACGUUAGAAGACGCUACGCCCAGUUGGUUGAUGUUGCGUUUGUGUGUGUGUGCCCCCCAUUCACUAAUCACUGUAAGUCCAUCCAGAAGUGUGGCCCUAAGAUAGAUAAAAAUGGCCUGCGUGAACCCGAUUCUAAAUCGUACGUAACAAUAACCACACUCUACUAGCAGAAGAACCUCACGACGAAAAGCAAUAUUAUAUUUCCUAUUCUACCCACCCCAGAAGUACGGGGGUUGCUCCGUUGUUGAAUAUGUCCAUUAAGAAGCAACCAGAAACCACUGUCUGGUGGGAUUGUUCUUUACAACAAAACCUGUGAGAUAGAUGUGUGUGUGUGUGUCUAUUAGGAACAAAACCAAUGCAACACGAACAAAUUGAGGUUGAACACAGGAAGGGGAAUAAUACAGUUCGGUUGAGAACUUUAAAAUAGUUCAACUACUUACACUAACCGGCCAGGACGCAACAUGGUUACUAAUAUUAAACCACGGCUUACGAGGCGGAUAUACGUAUGGACGGCAUACACGAAUAAUUUAAAAUUCAAACACAGGGUGACAGAGAGGACUGAACAACAACUACACCACAUUACUACCACAUUACAAAAUGAUCGAUCGAUCGAUUUUAUGUCACCGUAAGGCUCUUUAUUCUAGGUAAAGCAUGUUCUAUUUAUUGCAGACUAUUUAUGAUGAUGUUUUGUAUAGAUUUAAACGCAAUGAAAGUGAGCCCGGCCCGGGUUCUAGCAGACACCAACUAACUUAUUUAUCUUGCUAAACAUUGUAUUAGGUUUAAGGAGUGGAGGAGAACGAAACCUUUGCUAGAAUAAUUUUUAAUACUGCUUCAUCAUGCACAAACAACUCCCUAGCAAGGUACGGGGAGUCCCGGCUAGGAAGGAGAUAGGUUUUAGGUUCAGGACUUACGAGGAGGACACAGUAUUUACAUCGUUUGGUUUAGCGGUUUACCGUAAGCUUCCGUUCCGUUGCACAGGUUAACAGUUAACUUAUACAAGGCGUGCUUUCGAUACCCAUUUUCUAUAAUAUACUUGCUACAAGAAAUGUGCGCGCCACAGAACUGUGUAUGGUUGUUAUGGUAGAAUAAUUAGCAGUUUGCAGUGAAUGUUUAGCAAAAUUAUUCCCACAAAAGUUGAGUUAGAAUUUUGUAAAGACUUGCGACGAGAAGCAGUUGUGCUGCAUUUUGUUGUGACUGUGACACGGAGUCCGGAGUUUCUCUCGCUCUCUCGGUAACUGUAUUCAGUACGCUGUUCACACUCGAUAGGGGAAAUUCAGAUGGAAAGGAUAGGUUUUACACUGCGGGUCCCUCUGUUUUCUAUUACCUAUUUUCACACGUUUUUGGUGAACAAUGUUCGAAACAAAUAAAUCGAUGGAAACCUUUAACCUAG